AUGCAACGCUUUUCGACGGCGAGUCCGUCCUUGCAGACAGCUGAGAUCACAUUCGAGGCAGGCCUGAUUCGUUCUGUAUCAGCUGCAACCUUGAACCACCAAGUCCCCAAGGAUGCUCAAAUCACCAACGCCCAUGGAAGCUUUGUCACCCCUGGCUUGGUGGAUAUGCAUUCUCAUCAUUUGUUACUCCCAUUCCCCCACCCUCCAUCUACUAGCGACGUCAACGAGAGCCCAGUCCUAGGAUCAAUCACUCCGUUUGUUCGCUCGUUGGAUGGAUUUAAACGAUAUGACCCAGCGAUCCAGAUCAUCGCAUCGGGUGGUGUCACUUCCUUGAUUCUACCAGGAUCGGCAAACAUUAUCGGCGGCGAGGCAUAUCUGGUAAAGAACUUGGCAACCCUCCAAAUGCCGAGCCGGUAG